AUGAAACUUGCAGUUGAGUUCGGUGGUGGUGCCGAGCUUCUCUUUGGGAACAAGAAGAAGCACGAAGUCGAGAUUCCAGCGAGUGUUAGGUCUAUGGGACAGCUCCUUCCGUGGAUCCGGGAUAAUAUGCUGACAGAGCGGCCUGAACUCUUCAUGCAGGGCAACUCAAUCCGACCAGGCAUACUAGUUCUCAUCAACGACGCUGACUGGUGCCUCUUCGACCAGGAUGAUUAUGAAGUAAAGGAAGGGGAUAUGAUUUCCUUUAUAUCGACACUUCACGGUGGCUAA